CCCCCGAAAGUUGUGAUGCUUUUCUUUACCCAGUGCUUUGGGGCUGUGCUAGAUCUCAUUCACCUCCGCUUUCAGCACUACAAGGCCAAACGGGUGUUCGCCGCCGCCGGCCAACUUGUCUGCGUCGUCAACCCCACGCACAACCUGAAGUAUGUGUCCAACUGCCGCGCCGCCGCUCAGAGCGCACCAGAGCAGGGCGGCUGCCCCCAUCACCACCUGGCCCACCACCACCGUCACCACCUGGCCCACCGCCACCUGCGCCACCACGCCCACCCGCACCACCUCCGCCACCAGCAGGCGGAGCUGCGUGCCACCCAGGUGACGCCCUGCACGUGCCCCCUGGUCUCCUGCCAGUGGGAGGGCCACCUGGAGGUGGUGGUGCCCCACCUGCGGCAGACGCACAGAGUGGAUAUCCUGCAGGGAGCCGAGAUCGUCUUCCUGGCCACGGACAUGCACCUGCCCGCCCCGGCGGACUGGAUCAUCGUGCACUCCUGCCUCGGCCACCACUUCCUGCUGGUGCUCAGGAAACAGGAGAGGCACGUGGGGCACCCCCAGUUCUUUGCCACCAUGAUGCUGAUUGGGACCCCCACCCAGGCCGACUGCUUCACCUACCGUCUGGAGCUCAACAGAAACCAUCGGCGUCUCAAGUGGGAGGCCACCCCCAGGUCUGUCCUCGAGUGUGUGGACUCGGUGAUCACCGAUGGGGACUGCCUCGUCCUCAGCACCUCGCUGGCGCAGCUCUUCUCCGACAACGGCAGCCUUGCCAUCGGAAUCGCCAUCACUGCGACAGAGGUCUGCUCCUCAGAAGCCGACAUGUGA